AUGUCGAAAUCUCUAAAAUCCCACCCCGACCGCGUCCCCGCCGACUCCCCCGAACGCCCCGCUCGGACGCGCAAAUUCCAAGAAAUCAACGACGCCUAUUACACGCUAUCGGACCCAACGCGGCGGCGCGAGUAUGACGAAGCCCGUGCCUACGCCGAAGCCGAGGAGGAAGUCGAAGAAGAAGCGGUGCCGCCCGGCGGUUUUCCAUGGUCGAGUUUCGGCUUUGGGGGUCGCGAGCGCGAGGAGCGCGAUAGCGACCAGUUUGGGUCUGUGUUUGAGGAGAUGUUGCGUGAGGAAGGAAUGGCCAGUGAUGAGAAUGGACGGGCUCGUCCCACAUCGCGGUUCUGGUCUGUCGUUGGAGGCGUUAGUGGUGGCGCGCUCGGGUUCAUUGUGGGCAAUCUCCCGGGUGCUGUGGCUGGCGCCGUUGCUGGGAAUCGCCUUGGGGCUGUGCGUGAUGCCAAGGGGAAAAGUGUCUAUGAGGUUUUCUUGGACCUACCGGGGGAGGGUCGCGCGCGGCUCUUAAGUGAGUUGGCGGCGAAGGUGUUCCAGACCUCGCUGGGACGGUAG